CCAGAGCCAGAGAGGAGAGCAAAAGAAAUAGAAAGCCAGAAAAUAACAAAACAAUCUGUCUGCGAAUAACGGAAUAAAAUAAACGAAACUUCUAAUUGCACCAUUAUGUUGUGACGAGAUCAGUGUUAAAACAAUGAUAGAUAAAAAGAUUUUAUAUGACUUCCUGAAUAAAAAUGAUUGCGUAUGUUGUAAAAGCACUAAACUUAUGUGCGGUGGCACUGCAAAAAAUUUUGCUUGGAGCAUCAUUUGUAGGCAGUGUAAUUGUUACUAUUGCAUCUGGAAUUUUCAACGUUUUUUAUGAUUUUACGCACUGCAUAAUAUUAUUUCUACAGAUUCUAUAUGAAGACAACAUAUCUAUAUUUACUGAAGACAUUCCUAUUUUUUUUACUAGCUUUCUAAGUUUUAUAAGUGAACAAAUUGUUGGUUUGCAGAGUGGAUUGUCCUGUAUUUAUGAUGGAUUGGGAUAUAGAAUACGGGUUAUGAUAACUACCAUUAGUUAUUUUAUAAGUGGGCUUCUCAUAAUAGUCAAGGAAGUCACAGUAAUAUUGAAAAGCAGUCUCAUAUUAAUAGGCCAAAUAAUAUGGUUAAUAAUAACCUUCAUUCCUGUUCAUCUUCCACAAUUACUAAAGGCUGGUAUAGAAAUUGUGAAAGUAAUAGUUAUAGAGAUUUUAGUGGAUGUGUACAUGAGAUUAUUGAAGAUAACAAAUUUUCUAACAGAUGUGCCUUUGGAGUCAUUUAUAGGGCUAAUAAGUGCCAUUAUAAUUAUCCGUUUGACAAUAGAUAACUGGGAAGCAAUCCUAUCUCAAGUCGUAAUCUGUUAUUGGUCAGUGAUUAGGAAAUUAUUGUAUUUAUAUUAUACGGUAUACAAUUAUUUCACUGAUCCGGAAGUGAGAGUCAUAACGCAUAUGGCCAGUGGGCAAGAUGUAACCACAAGAGAUGAGACUUAUGAUGUUGAUGAUAAUGGAAAUGGUACUGAUGCUCUGUGUGUUAUUUGUCAAGACCGUCAAAAGUGUGUUCUAACCUUGCCAUGCCGACAUGUGUGCCUGUGUACAGAGUGUUGCAGAAGAUUGUAUGGAUAUCAGCGCACAUGCCCUAUUUGUAGAACAUUUAUUUAUCAUUCUGUCACUAUUUACUUGUGAAUGUAAUGUUCCAACUUAUUUUGUAACAUAUGUAUUUAUUUUUGGCAUUUGAUUGUAUAAAUCUAAAUUCUGUUUAAAAAUAGAAGAUAAAUUGCUUUGUUCUUGUUAUUGUUGCAAUUUACACAAAAUGACACCAAAAAUUAAGUAAUUAUAAUUCUAGUGUAUAUAUGGAUUGGCUAAGGUUUUAUUUGACCCAAGUCUGAACUUGAUAUAAAUUAUUAUUUUUUGUUAUGAGGACAAAAUAAUGCCUUUUACAUAAUACUUAAAUUGGGUUCUGUCUUUCAGUCAAUAGUGUAAGUGUGAUAUGUUUUGAUAUUAUAAGUGUUAUAAGUUGACCUCUAUAUACACCUCAUAUAGAAGGAUGAUGCAAAAAAAAAGUUCAUAUUAAUAACAGUCUUGUUUUUCUAGUGAGAGGUGCUAUAUUAAAAAAUGAGACUUAUGAAGCUUUUGUACUUAGAUCUGCUUUUUGUACUUGGUCAGUGGAAGAAAUAAAAUGUAUAUAAUACUU